GCCUUGUUCCAGAAGAAGCGCAUCUCGUUUGAUUGCCCUCCGUCUUCCCUUUUCCUCCCUUUGGAAACGCAGAUCGCGCCAUCGUUGGCCCUGACCUGACUUUCUUUCGCGUGGAGCCGCAAGCCGUUUAGCGACGCAUGUCUGGGCGCCCCCGUCUCGGUGAGCUGCUCCAUCAUGUCGGACAAGAAGAAUGACGACUACGGCGUCAACCUAAGAGACCUGGGCGAGAGUGGUGAUGGCGGCAAGGUCCAGACGGCGUACUCGCGCUCACCGUCGCCGCGCGGCCACUCUGGCGGCUUCGACUGGUCCAAGAUCGACAACAGCCCCGGAGCCUCAGUGUUGGGUUACUGCCUGUCGUCUAUCAGCAUGACGGUCGUCAACAAAUACGUCGUGUCUGGUUCCUCAUGGAACAUGAACUUUCUCUAUCUUGCUAUCCAAUCUAUUGUCUGCGUAGCUGCCAUUCAAGCCUGCAAGCAGGCUGGUCUGAUCACCAACCUGUCUCCCUUUGAUCCGGAAAAGGGAAAGAAAUGGUUCCCCGUGUCUGUUCUUCUGGUUGGCAUGAUUUAUACUGGCGCCAAGGCGCUUCAGUACAUCUCAGUGCCCGUGUAUACCAUCUUUAAGAACUUGACCAUCAUUGUCAUUGCUUACGGAGAGGUUCUCUGGUUUGGGGGAAGCGUUACCCCGACGAUUCUGCUCUCCUUUGGCCUGAUGAUUUUCAGCUCCAUUGUUGCUGCGUGGGCGGAUGCCGAUGCGGCCGGGCGUUCGUCAAAGGCGUCUCAGGAGUUCAGCACUCUGCAAGUGGGAUAUACCUGGAUGGCCUUGAACGUCAUCUGCCAGGCUGCCUUUGUCCUGGGCAUGCGCAAGGUCAUUAAGAAGAUGGGCUUCAAGGACUGGGACACCAUGUUCUACAACAACUUCCUGACCAUCCCUGUCCUCAUCGUUGGCUCCCUUCUGGUUGAGGAUUGGUCUGCCGAGAACCUGGCUCGAAACUUCCCCGAGGAGACGCGAACCAAGCUCAUUAUCGGCAUGGUGUACUCUGGUCUGUGUGCCAUUUUCAUCUCCUACUCGUCUGCUUGGUGCAUCCGCGUUACGUCGUCGACGACCUACUCCAUGGUUGGCGCGCUGAACAAGCUGCCCAUCGCCGUCAGCGGCCUCAUCUUCUUCGACGCCCCCGUUACCUUUGGCAGCGUCUCCGCCAUCAUGAUUGGAUUCGUCAGCGGUCUCGUGUACGCCUGGGGCAAGGUUCGCCAGGGCGAAAAGGCCAAGAUGUCGCUGCCCGUGACCAACAAGCCCGUCAUGAGCGCCAGCUCCCAGAGCAACAACGACGCGUCAAAUGCGUAAAGCGAUGGGCGGCCGGGACGGGGCAUGGGAGGGAUGUUGGAGUUUGAGUAUUCAUGGUACUAUUGGGAAGCUAUAGAUCUUUGUGGGAUUGUACUCUAGAAUUGCUUGAGCCUAUGCGUGAAAAGGUCGGGAG